AUGGCCGUGUCUUCUCCCCCGAGCAUUCCCGCAACUUCCAACCCCGGAGGCGCGGGGGGCUCGGCCGGCUUGUUCCGGCCGGACCCUCUUUAUGCCCCCAGCCCCUCCGAGUCCCCGCGGCUGGCCGGCGGCGGCAGCUGCAGCGGCAGCGGCGGCGGGAGCCUCCUCCACGGCUUCAUCUCCAACGCGGCGCCCGCGGGCGGCGGGGGGCUCUUGGGGGUCGCGGCCGGCGGAGGAGGAGGAGGCGUCGGCGGAGCAGCAGCAGCAGCGGCGGCGGCGGGGGUCUCCGGGGCCUCGGCGCCGUCGGGUCCGCUGGUGGGCAACGAGUGCAAGAUGGUGGACCUGCACGGGGUGAAGGUGGCCUCCUUCGUGGUGGACGGGCAGGAGCUCAUCUGCCUGCCGCAGGUCUUCGACCUCUUCCUCAAGCACCUGGUCGGCGGGCUGCACACCGUCUACACCAAGCUGAAGCGGCUGGACAUCGCGCCCGUCGUGUGCACCGUGGAGCAAGUGCGCAUCCUGCGCGGGCUGGGCGCCAUCCAGCCGGGCGUCAACCGGUGCAAGCUCAUCACGCGCAAAGACUUCGAAACUUUGUACAGCGACUGCACCAACGCCAGUUCACGACCGGGGAGACCCCCCAAGCGCUCUCUGGGGGUUGCGGUACAAGAGAACACGCGCUUGCUUCCCCACGGAGUGCCGGGCCUCUUAUCACCAGGGCUUAUCUCCCCAACAGGCCUCACAGCCAUGGCUGAAGCAAUGAAGUUGCAGAAGAUUAAGCUUAUGGCCAUGAACAGCCUCCAUGGAAGCGGAAGUCAGAAUGGGACCGAGUCGGAGAACGAAGAACUGAAUUCGAAUGCAGGUGGAAGUGAAUCCUCGUGGGAUAAAGAGAAGCUUCAGUCGCCGAUCCCAACGGGAUCCCAUCACGGGAUCAGCCACGCGGCGCUUUCAGGGCAGGCCAAUUUGGCGAGCGCUCAUCCCCUAAGUCCUCUGCAGCAGAACCAUCUGCUCACAAACAAUCAAUACUAUGAAAAAUCACAUCUGAAGGACAAAGGUCAAGUAGAUUGUGCCAACACUAGUAAAGCUGAGAGGAUCCAAGACAGCCCUUCGCCUGCUCCAUCUGUAGAAGAGAGCCAGCGACCUGGGAGCCAUGCCUCUUCCCACCAGAGCAGCAGUGUUUCAAGCUCUCCAUCCCAAAUUGACAACACACCAGAUAGAAUUGGUCUGUUAUCAAAUAUUAGAGAAGGAGAGCCAAUAGAUCAAGAAUCUGGAACCAACCCCAAAAAACUCCUAAAGGAGAAAGAAGAAGUCCAGAUCGCCAUCCCAAUACUCAAA